AAAGCAUCGUUGUCGUUCUGCUCGUUAACGCGUGCCGUCCUAUUCGAAGCGUAACUUAUACACAGCAACUUAAUGUUAGUGUUUUCAUACGUGUGUGCGCGACUUUCUCUGUAUUUCUUUUCUUAACGUUCAUUAACGAAGUUUUAAAAAUAUAUCGUAAAAUAUCUUUUAACGACGUCUUGGAAUAUUAAAUUUUAUUAAAUUUUGAAACAACAUAGUAGACCAUUGAACCGAUACAGUGACUUUGGAUUAAUAUAGUGGACUGUCGAAACGAUCUUUUGCAAUUUCUCGAGUUUCCGAAUAUCGUGAACGUUAGAAGCAAAGUGAGUGUUCCUGUGCCGAUUAGAGAGAAAAUAGUUUCAAUAGUGGAGGACAGUCUGAUUUAUCAUCCGCUGUUUGGCUGGACGAAUGUUUUAGAAAACCCUUGGGCCUCGCCGACUUGGAGAACGCCGGCGUGAAUUUCGCUGCCAAAAGAUUGAAAUACCGUUGGUACCGUGAUCCUGCUGUCUUCUUCGGAAGUUCCUCGAUCGAACGUUCCAUCUUCAAAAUAGAUUCGUUGUAGAGCGACGAUCAAGAUGAAACAAUUAUCCUGGAUCUUUCUUCAGCUGCUGUUUCUGACCUCGAUGUUUCCUUCGAGCCUGUCAGCCUCGACGAGGUCACGGGGCAAAAAGAAGGUCGCCAAAGAGACGAAAGAAGUGAACAUCUGCGCGAUCGAAGGCAUACAGGCUCCUAUGUACUGUUACUGCGAUAACAAUACCAUUAGAAACGCCACGGAAGCCACUUGCGUCGUGUUGAGCCCGUUCAGCAUUAACGAUCCAACGUGGAAUUACUUCACCUCGCAGAUCUACUUACAGAAGCUAAAGUUCGUGGUUCGAACGCCAAACGGAUUGGAAUACAUACCUGUUCAACUGCUGAGACAGCUGAAGAACUUGCAGAAGAUCACGUUCCAAGAUGCCAGCAUCGAGGAGCUGAAGGAAUCCGCGUUCUCGAACCUUCCUACGAUCACAGAAAUCGAUUUGAGCACGAAUUCCAUUUCGACGCUGAGGACGCACGCGUUUGAGAACUUGAAGAAUCUAACGGCGAUCUUUUUGAACUCGAACCGGAUCACCGAGAUCAAUAGAGACACGUUCGUCAAUCUACCAUCGCUAAAGAUACUUUCCCUGAACGGGAACAACAUCAGCACGUUGCACGACAAGGCGUUCAAGCAUCUGACUACUUUGGAAGAACUGCAGCUGGUCGACAAUCAGAUCAAAGUCAUCACCGCGGAUAGUUUCCACGGUUUGAGAAGUCUGCUGAAGCUCGACAUGCGUAACAAUUUGAUCGCCAUGAUUGGCGAUAGAACUUUCAUCGAGAUGCCCUCGUUAAGACAGCUGGACCUCGAUCAAAAUGAGAUUGAGUAUAUUUCGGAGAAGGCGUUGGACGGAAUGAGGAAUUUGAAGAAGUUGAAGCUCAGUGAAAACAAGUUGGUCACCCUGGAACCGGAUUUCCUGGCCGGUGCACCGGGAGUGUACGUGCUGGACUUGAGGGAUAAUUCGCUGAAGACCUUGACCUUCGAUAAUAUCAAGCCAAUCGUGACGAAUUUAUACAACAGCAGCAGCCAAUUCUACCUGAGCGGCAAUAAACUGAUCUGCGACUGCAAGCUGGCAUGGAUCUGGGGCCUGAGGAACGAGACGAAGAACGUAAAGCUGCGGGAGUCCCUGGAGGAGCUCACUUGCUUCCUGGAGAGCAAUAACGCAACGCUGAAGAUCAACAACGACGACCUCGAAUGGAACGAAGCGCUCGAAAUUGCACGGAACUCAGAGGAAUAUCGCACCGGGAGCUUGAGAGACGGCAGCGUCGAGGACGACGACGCCUACUUGGGCGACGAAUACGAGAGCAAAGAUGGAUACGAGGAUUCUUCCUCGAAUUCCGAUUUUCAGCCGAAGGUGCAGAUGGUGGAGGGUAAACUGUGCUACGUGAAGAACCUAUUCGACUUGAAACUAGAAGAGCUGCCGUGCCCGGAGCCCUCGAGGGAGGAUUUAAUGGCGUCCGAACAACCUUCGAGUCGCCAUGAGAAUGCUCGUGUCGGCUCCUCGGGUUCCAUAUGGUUUUCGUCUUCGCCUGACCUCGUUCGCCUCGACCUGUCCGUCCUCCUAUGCUCUCUGCUCCUGUUUCUGUCGGUUCUGUUCACGUAGAAGCGGCUAUGUUCGCCGGACGGCCCAGCAAACAGAUCGGAAAGACGGCCCGUGCACGAGGACGAGGACGGUUCUCGCUAUUGCGAAACAUAAGAGCGUGUAUAAUCGAAUCGCGCGAGGUGUGUAUGUGUGUGUAUCGUCGCGUGCGUUCUCACCGGUGUUCUUCAAGGUUUGACGCGUCUCGAACGAUCCUUCUUGCCGAGGAAUUUUUAUUUUCUCACUUCGAACAAGCUUUCUCCGCCGUUGUCGCUUGGCAAGAUAGAUUUUAUGGAUAUUCGCAGAGUAUUUGGUAUUCUUCCGGUGAAAGGAAUUCGUUGUAGCAAGGAUCGUGGACUAAAGGGUGCUAUCUCGCCGAAUUUGAGCUUUGGCGCGAGAUCAAGCGAUGUAUCGAGUUUCUGGGAUUUUUAACGAUGGGAAUAAUCCGGUUGACAACGUUUCUCGAUGAGACGAAGCGAGUUCCAAGCCUUGGGAAAUUUAUGGCCAACGAAGGAGCAAUCGAUACGACGUUUUACUCUACAAGUUUAGGAAUUACGCGUUCCAACGUUUUUCGAGUUUCCAUUUCAAGAAGCUUUUAUGUUUCUAAAUUGCAACGAAGGCUCGGACAACUCCAAGAUCCAUAGUCUUCUUCUAAACACGAAAAAGCAAUCGAUCUGGCAUGCCAAACGUUACGUAUCUCGAUCGAUCUCUUCUUUCCACCGAUAUCCGCAAAAUCUAACUAAACCAAUGAAACUUACGAGCGUGAGAACUUGAACACGAUGAAACGAACGACUCGAGAAACGUCGAUCGUCGGUUUCAGCCAACAAGAAGCCGAGGUGAGUGAUAGGAAUUGCGAGGCGACGACGAGCGAAACAUCAAUUUGGCUCUUCUCGUAAAUGAAGAAGCGUUCAAGUCGCGUCAAAACCGUCCCGGAACGAUCGACGGAUCGUUCGCGAGGCUGAAUUCCACCUACACACGGUGAGGAGAAUUUUGAAGCGCGUGCUGUCGGACGUCGACGAGACUCGAAUCGGAUUUAUCGAGCGCGAUCUCGCGAGAUGACACGGAGUACGCUUGGAAUAUAAUAUAUGCAUCUUCGAGGGGAAAAACACGUUCGAUUCGCGUUUUUCUACGCACGGACUCGUUAUCGCCGCGUACGUUUACAGGCUGCUUAACCAGCUGGCACUUUUCAGUGACCAUUUUGUAUUAUUGACUUUUCGACGUACUUUUAUUCUCCAUAAUGGAGUCCCUUUUUCGAACGAUCGAUUAUUAAAUAUAAACUCGUGUUUUUCGCGCGACUUUUUCAUUAGCUCGCUCGAUUAUAGAGAACGUUUGUACAUAAUUGGUGGAGAAUAGUCUUCGUGUGCUUUAUGGCCGAUCUUUCGUAUCGGUUUUUUCUCGGUUUUUUACACGCGUCUCGUGUCAAGAUUUAUUAUCGGUCCGCAAGGUGUCGGAAAAAUCGAGGGAUUCGAAGGAAAAUUGGUACAGGUGAUAAAACGCCCUUAACCGAUAAGAAAAACCUUUCGAGGCUCGAUGUUUCGUGGGUCGUGGAAAGAAGUUCUUUCUAAUAAUUGAUAUAACAGUAGAUAUAAAUCUUGUCUAGAAUUUACGUAAGUAGAACAUAGGAUUAGUAUCGAUGAUUAUAUUACGAUUUAGUUAAUUAACAUUUUUAGCGAUUUUACUCCGUUUAUUGUUCUUUUUUUUUUCUACACGUUUACCGCGGAAGGAACAGCCUUUCUCAGGAAGAAUGGGAAAAAUGUCUUUGAAAAGUAUCAAUAAGUAAAUUACAGACUGGAUUAUCGAUUACGUAGAUAUCUAAUUUCGACUAAUUUCCAUCGGAUGAUCAAUCAGCGAUAACUUAACAACAUUAAUUGGAUAUAAAUUCGCAAAUGGAAAUGGGAAUCCGAUCGGGUUGCAAUCGACGAAAUUACAGCCUCUGAUGAACUUCCACUGAUACCUGUUCAUUUUAUCAAUCACAGAGUACCCCUUACUAAUUAAUUCGAUUACAUAUCAUCAAAGAAUUCGAAACUGCCUCUUUCGAUUCUGUCGUAUUUUCAGAUUUUCACCGAACGCUCUUUUGCGAUUAAAAUCCACGAAAAUCGUUUUAUCCGCGAUGCAAUCUUUUCUAUAUUACAUCCUAACAGGAUAAAAAAGAAAAAAGAACAAGAGGAAGUAAGAAAUAUCGAUAACACGUAAUUUCCAAUUAACCAAAUAUAUCGAACGUAUCUAAAAUCGCCGAUAUCUCCAAUCGCUUAAAAUAUUACCACAAAUAUUCUCAAGCUAAACUUUUUAAAUAUAUCGCGAACGUUCAUGAUAUUUGUAUGUAUUUUUCGAUUCGCACGAAGACUAUUCCAACCGAGUCUGAUUCAUCGUUGCUUAAAUCUACAUACACAUAUACGUGCGCACACAGAGACACAUAUACACAUGUAAGAUUGUUUCCACGAGUUGGCAAUUUCUGGCCAGCCGCGUCCUCGCGAGGCUCUCGGAAGUUCGACGGUAACGGAAGUUGACCGAGGAGACGAUCCACCCGAAGCUUAGUCAAUUCCCCGUGCAAUCGCGCCGGUUUUAUCGUUGUGGAUCAGUCUCCACUCUCUUACUCCCCCUUUCUCUCUCUCUCUCUCUCUCUCUCUCUCCCUCUCUCUCUCUGUAAACGCACAAAAUCCCCUGGAAAACCGCAACGGUAGAUCCAUCUCGAUAUGUAGAAACGAUUAUCGAACACUGUUAACGUUUCUCUGAAUUGCUUCAGAGAUAGUUUUAGGGACACUGACUCUAGUAUCGAUAGCGUUGGACUUUGAUGUAAAAUUGUAACGACGCUGGAGGAGGAAUGGGAGCAAUCUGAUCUCGUAAUUGUCUCACAAAUUCAUUUGCGACAAAUGUGAAAUUUUGCCUUUUUAUUUUUAGUAGCGAGAUACGUCUGCAAUAGGGUGAGAAUUGAUAUUUAGUUGAAAUUUAGAUCUAUAGAAACGCUGACGCUAAUUAAAACGUCAUUGGCUAUAAUAUGGAAUUUGCAAGCCGCAAGAGAAAGGACGAUUGAAAUUCGACCAUUUUUUGGAAAUGCUGAAAUAGGUUUCGAAUAGGAGAUGAAAGAUAUUUGUUGGAAAUUGAAACAUAGAUUUACAGAGACGUUAAUUAAAACAGCAUUGGUUGUGGCAUGAAAUUACAAACGAUACCGGACGAAGACUAGAAAAGAGUGGAUCGUGACUGGGAAAUUUAUUUCUGGCAUAAAGAUGGAAUACAAUUGCGACGGCUGGUUUAUAGAUCACGCGGUCAAAUCAGCGUAGAAAAGGAGAAAAACAGAUGUUUGUUCUGUUAAUUUCUUUCAUAAUCGAUUUAAGAGUUGUACGAUGUAAGAGAAGUAAAAACACUUGUCCGAUUAUUUUAAUCUAUUGUACAAUAUCAGCGAAAUUACGAAUAGUAAUGGAGAUUUUGGUGGAGAUUUAGGUGCGAGUUUCUAACCACCUGUUUCGGAUUAACCGAAGCUGACCCGGAAAAUGAGAUUUCGCUAUCGAUUUAUCACCUCUACCCCAAAACUAAACCUAACACAGACCUAAUUUAAACCUCAUUCAUUAACCUGCGUUUCACCAAAGUGAAACACGAACUAGCCUUUUAAUAACUUCCAACCUGUCUCUCGAAUUUAAGAUAUACUAAUCUAUUGUUUACUAAAAAAAAAAAAAAGUCGACGAUGAAAGCUAAUAAAGUAAUUCGUAUCUCUGAAAAAUUCGGUGUGGAAUACUCGGCAAUCGGAAAAAUUCGUCAUACGUCUCCAAAGAGGUCGCAGUCUGUGAAAACUUUCGAGCGGAAAUCCGCCCAUCUGGAAACAUCGGUUCCUCGCGAUCGAGCUAAAAAUCUCGCGCUCGAGGACGCGUAUUCCUCCUCCAGCUGCAUAAUUCGCAGCAGCAAGGACGAAUCGAAUUCCCCAAGUGAAUCGUGUUUCGAGAGCUUCGCGCGGUUUCGCGACAUCCAAUGAAUAAAUUAGCACAGUCUCGAGUUAUCACAGGGCAGAGGAUGAUCCGGCAAAUCCUUCGUCUCCGUAGCUAGCUUAAUUACGCCGCUAAUUGAACGUCAGACAAUCGAGAGAAAGAAGGAAGGAGCGAGUGAACUGAUCGUUCGCGACGAUAUCACACAGCGAAUCGUCUUUUCUUUUCUUUUAGAGCCGCGGAGAGCAAACGAGACGAUAAAAGAAGGAAACGCGCGACGGUCGAAUGAAACGGCUAUAGUUUCUUAUUGUACGAUAGAGAAGCUGUGUUCUAGAUUGGACGAGUAGGUACCUGUGUUUUGCUUCUCGGCCGACCCCUCAGUGCCAUCCCUUAGCUGUUAACUUAUUAUUCGUAGAGAUUAGGUUUUAUCGAGGUUCGAACGAGCAGGAUAGUUCGGUUAGCAUUUUAUCAGUAAGUUUCUGCGUUUUGGGAAAAUUGCGGGGAAAUUGGUGACAGUGGAGUUUCGAUCAUCCCGCGUUUCGAAUUAUAAAUUCUUGGAAAGUUGCGAGUUUUGGAGAAGCAGCGAAAUACCGAAAUCGUCGAAGGAACGAACGAACGUUAAACGAUAAUUUAUCUUUGCAUUUCUGGAGAUAAAAAUCGCUGAGAUUGAAAUUUUCGUCGUCCUUGCUUUCGAAUGAAACUUUUCCAGAGAUUUACGUUGCAAAAGAGGGAAAUAACGCGGAGAAAUCGUUCGAGCGAAUGUUCGACAACUUAUCUCGCUGUUAUUUUAAUAAUUUAUUUAUUUAGCUGCGUGUUUUUAGGAUUUGCGAAAGUUAUUAUUAACAGAUGAUGUUGGUAGCUUAACUGCGUUAAUAAAAUAUCAGCGUGAAAUUCUAUAUGAAUAAAGUUACGUAAGUAAACAAUCAUGGUAUCGAAAAUUUGAGUCACGCGCGUUGCACUUUGUCAACGGAUUAAUCGGCUUUGCGUAACGGCAGCCAGCUCACACAAUCGACAUUGUUUACCCAAUCCAUAUUCGUUGGAUCGAUGGUCUUUUUCGCUUUGUUCUAAAAAGAAAAGCCGGACGGACAAUUUUAUAUCGAAACCUAUAAAAACAGUCAGUCGAUAAAACUUGCAAAAGCUUCCAUAUUUACGAAAUACCAUUUCGGAAGGUUCGACCAUAGAAUUUACUUCCUUCGAUCGCUCAAAUAAACAACGAAAGAUAAAAUUAUCGUACUCGUCUACCAUCUACUCGUUUAUUAUCCUACGAUCGUAAAAAUUCUCCAGACAGAAAUUAAAAUCUAAUCUUUAAUUCUCAAUUCUAUUCGAAUAAUAAUUCGAUCCUACAAAACUCUGCAUCUCCGAGCUUAUUCGAUCGCAAAAUUUCUCCCAUCGAUAUAUGUUUGCUGCAUUGUUAAGAAAACACAAAACUAAGGGCGACAGGUGACCAAAAGACGUCGAAACUCGAUUCUGCCGCCAGUUGAUCUCAACGAUUUUCCCAAAGAAUGCGGAAGAAUCGCCUGAUACGGUAUAAUAAGCGUACGUCUAAGUUCUCCUUCUAAUCAUACGUUUACGUUAAUUUAAAGCGUCUGUCUACCAAGAAACAAACGAGAAAGUCGAGGAUUUACGCGCACGAAUGAAACGAAAUUGAAAGGAAACGUAAAGCUUCGUAUUGUGCUUUAUCUUUCAUUUUUUCCCCCUAAAGGUAGCCCGCGCGUCGCUUUUAUCGUAACGCGAAACGAUCGAAGAUAAAAUGGCGUGUAGGGUCGAAAGGAACAAUCGAAACGAUGAGCACCCCUUGAUAACAGCGGACGAACGAUUGAUAACGUGGAGUAUCGCUUGCCCCGCGCGAUCUAGAGAAAGAAAGUAGAAAAAUGGAGAAUUAUCGAUGAUGUUGAGAUUGUUUGUCAUAGUAUAUGCGUUAUCAUAUAUAUAGUAUCGCGAUAUAUAGUAUAUGAAUGGUCGGACUGCAAAAUGACCUUGGCUGCAGAGGAUGGGAUUGGUGAGUUGAUGGAGAAAAUUCGAUUAUAGCGCGCACUGAAAACGAGCCUCGAUCCAUUAAGGGACAACGUUGCAUUCACACAACGUCGUUUUUCCGUCAAUUUACGUUGUUGCGUUCCGGUGUUUUCAACAUUGAAGUUGCGAACCGAGAUACCAAAAAUUUAUUUCGUCCUAUCUACGAUGAAAUAUGUAGGCCAUACAACUUUACGAGGGUCGAGGAAGUCAGAAAUCUUCCCCACUUACGUACAGAGAUCCGAUUUUCGUACUUUUACGAAUUAUCUAUCAUUGUAAUACGCUUCUCUGUCUAUGUCAGGCGAGGUGUUUAAAUUAUUCGACGAUUAUUUCAAGAUUCGAUUAUUUCAAGAUCUCAUUCGAUGUUAUUUUCCUUAAUCGAUGUUGAUCCUUAAUCGGUUGAUCGAGCAACGUGUAGAAAACGGAACGUAGAUUCUGAAGGAACAACCAUUUUUUCUAUUCUUCUUCUACUUCCCGGUAUUAUAAAGGAGGGAAAAUGGAGCGCGAGACGAGAUGAGAAAAUUUGGGGAACGUUCUUUCCUUUUCCUUUUUACUCUUCUUCCUUCUUUUCCAUUUUUCUCUUUUUUUUUUUUUUUUUGCAGAUUUAGAAGAAAAUAAUUUAAGACAAAUGAUUUAGAUGAAAAAGUUUGAGGUAGGCGAACUGGAUUCUUCUGCUAGGGACGAUCUUGAGAUUGGGACGAGCGAGCGAAGCUUCUGGGUAACGAAAAGAUUGGGGGAUUUGAGCGACUAAGAUCGAAUGAAAAAUACGUUUUCUCGGAGAUUUCUUGAGAAAGAGAUUCGGUAGAAUUCAAGGCGACCCUGAGGACAACACGUAGCAUCGAGCGAAUCAAAAUUUAACAAUGGCGAGUCAAAUCUUUAGACGUUAGAAGAUAAUUAAAAUUGGGGAACGUGAACGAGAGCAAGUAGUAGAAGUGGCGGUAUCUGUGAAGCGAAACUGAUCGCUCUAUUCGAUAUUUUCGAUCAAUCUCAAGAUCCUCUUGCCAACGUAGCAUCAGUCACAAGAGCUAAGAGUACGAAGUUCCAUGAACGAGUCCCCUGGUUUCUCAUCUUCGACCACGUCGUCUUACCCUAAUCCAAUUCUUUCUCAUUGUCAUUGUUCUUCGCCGACUUCAUUGUAUAUCGUCAUCCAUGCGUCCUGCACGAUGGCAUUUUGUGGCACGACGUCUGUUGUCGAUGGAGACGCACGCACGCGUACGAAGGGAGACAAAAGAGAUACAACAAAACGAAGCUAAAACAAAAGUAAACGAAAAUGAAAAACGAAGGGACGAAUAAAAUUGUGUACCAAAAGGGGUUGUCGCGUGCGCCACGUUAUUUCAAAAAAAAAAAAAAAAAAAAAGAAAGAAACGAAAACAAAGGAGCUACCAACUAUUAAAGAUUGCGGAUAUUUAUGCAAAUCCAUAUUUUUAUUCGUCCGAUUGAAGAUGAAUUAUUAACGGGAUUUGUUUCGCUUGGUAAUUACGUAUUAAAAAUUAUGUUACGUAUUACUAUUAUUAUCAAUCGACCGUGAAUAUUUUAUAUAUUUGCGCAUGUUUACGCGGUUUUUAUAUAAUUCUAUAUUUUCCAUAAGCGCAUAAAAAUCCGCAGUUUACUAGAAACGAGAAAGUUAAAGGAAAAUCCCAUGAACGCACCGAUAGCCGAUUUCCCAUGUUUCACGUGUGCGUGGAGCGUUCUCGCUCGAAUCGAGGAUAUAAAAGAUGUUCUAGAAAACGUUCCGAGUUUUUUCAAUGAUUCUCGAUGAGCAUAGGAUAUAAAAGAAAAGGAAAAAAAACGAUAUCUUCUAAGCUAGGCUUAAGUACGAUUCUGUCUAAAAGAAAAAUAACAAAAAGGUCUGUCUAUCUGUCCCUCUCUCUCUCUCUCUCUCCCUCUCCCCCUCUCUCGCUCUCUUUCACACGAAUAUAAGAAACACAUACAAACAUACAUAUACAUCCAUACCUUACACACAGUCACAAAACAUACGAAUUCUCUGGAAAAAAAAAUAUUAAGCUCGUAGGUAAACCAAAGAUAAGGAAAGUUCGGUGUUAGUCGUUAGGAAAGCUCAUUAACACAACCGGAUAUUCAUCGUCCGCCUUUGAUCGAUCACGUCUUUUAAAAGCAGAAUUAAUACUCGAGUCAUUACCGAGGAGCUGCAGAGCGAAUCGCUCUAACAUCGCUCCGAUCAGAGAGAAAAGAAAAAGAAUGUGAAAGAUAUAAGAGAAUAUAGUAUAAGCACGUUCGAUUCUUGUAUUGUAUUUAAAUGAGGGGAGGGGCCAUUUUAAACGUCGUCGAGCGAACGACGACGACGCGGUCCCCCGUUUUUUAGCCGUAAGAUCGUACGAAUCUUGUUUCCGUUUCGUAUUACUAAGAAAGAAAAGAAAAUAUUAUUCGACGAAACACAGCGAAACUUUACGAUUCGCGAUCGAAAUCGUGUGAAUUUCGGUUUUCGUGUUAUCAACACGGAAGAAAGAAAUUAUUCGACGACGAGAUAUAGCGUGAUCGUGCGAGUUUCGUUUAGUUUCGUAUUGUGUAAAAAUAAAAAAAAAUAAAAAAAAGAAGAAAAGAAAGGAAAAAGAAAACUGUUUAACGAGAAAUACAGCGAAAUUUUGUGACUUCCGUAUUUUUUCUUUUUUCUUUUUUCUUUCGUUACGCGUAAGUAAUUACGGUGAUUGUCGUUGUUUCUAUUUACAAAGAGGAUGAAACGCGGAGACGAUCAGACGCCGAAUUCUCGGAAAUCGUGUCGUACGUGUGUACGCAUACGGCACACGAGAUUGUCAUCGAUACGUUUGCCGUCAUGUGUACUAUCAUAUACACCUGUCCAAGGACAGUAAGUACGCACGUACGUAUGGGUUCUUUCUCACACCGAGUGAUUCUAAUUUUUAAGCUAACACACGAGCGUGAGUGCGCUACGAUAUAAGUUCUAAGGUUUUGAAUAUUGUACUACUUAUGAAUUCACUGUCAAGCCGUAAUAUGUAUUAUAUGUUCUUUUGUAAGAUCUAAACGAUAAAUAAAUAAAUCGUCGAGAAAGAAGAA